CGACGUGCGUGACGAGCUGCUCGCCGCUGCCAACGUUGCGAGGGAGACGGCGGAGCGCGAAGAGGCGGAGGCGGUGCGGCUGGAGGAGCUGGAGGCGGAGCAGGCUGCUGCGGCGGCCAGCAGGCGGGCGAGCGUGGGAGGCCGGGUCUCGCUGCGCGACAGGCGCUCCAGCGGGGUGGUGGCCUCCUGGACGACGACGCCGCAGGGCGACUCGCUGUCUGCGGCGGUCGCGGCCGGGCCUCUGGCUUGCGACGGCAUGCUGGCGAGGGCGAAGGUAGCUCGAGACGGGAUGGAGGAAGCGCGCGCAAGGGCAGCUGCGGCUCGACGUGAGGAGAGCAGACUCCGGGCCGAGGCUGCCGCCGCCGCGGCGCUGCUGCAGAUGUGCGAUGUACGGGACGAGCUUCUCGCCGCUGCCAACCUGGCGGCGGAGGCGGCGGUGGGGGAGGAUGCGGAGGCGACGAGGCUCGAGAUCCUGGUCGAGGAGUACGAGGUGUGCGCUGAUGCGGCGGCGGGCGGUAUCAAGCGCAGCUCCGUCCGCGAUGGGGUGCUCCAGCGGACAAGGGAGGCGCGAGUUGCGGCUGCGGCUUCUCGUGCUGCUGCCGGCCGGGCAGAGUCGACGGCGGUGAAGCUGGAGGAGGGCGCUACCUCCGCCGCUCCCGGCGAGCGCGAUGCGGCUCUUGCUCGCGCGCGGGCGGCGCGGGAGGCGGCCGGUCGCGCGUCAGUUGAGGCGCAUCGGCUCGAGGCGCUGGCGGCGGCCGCAGAAGCGUCCACCAAAGCCAACGUCUCCGCUGCUGCUGGUGACGCCAGUGACCACCCCGAGUCCUCUCGCCCUCGCGCCGCCGACGAAGCGCGUGCGACCGCCGCCGCUCGCACGCGCGUCGAGGUCGCCCUCUCUGGCGGCGGCGGCGGUAGCGCUGCGGCACAGGCGCAGCGACAGAUCGCUGCGGAGACGAGCCGCAACCCCCACGUGCGUGAGGCGGCGGCGCGGCGGGUGGAGGAGGCUAGGCAGCGGGCGCGCUCCGAGCAAUCCUCCGAAGCAAGGCUGUCCCAGAGAAACAGCGGCCUCGUCUCGGCGAUUGAGGCGCAGCGCCGGUGGCUCACGGACCGGCUGGCGGGACGGCCAGAGCCGGCGGCACCGCGGCGCGACGUCGACCUCGAGGCCACCGACUGGAUGAACGAGGCCGUGCUCGCCGGCAGGUCGUCUGCGGUCCUCCCCGGCAUCUCGUCGGCGGCGCAGCGCCUGCCGGCGGACGGCGGUGCAGCAGCAAGCGUGGCGUGGGCAGACGUCGACCAGGCGCGCGAACGGCAAGGCCGCGUGGAGCGGGCGCGCGAGGCCUCCCUGGCCAGGGUAAGGAGCCUCUCCCCCGUGUCUUCGCCACGGCGACUCCGAGCACGCAGCAGCAGCAGCAGCAACAACAACAGAUCGUCAUCUCGGUCGCCCGUACGCUCGCCCGGUCGGUCGGAGAAUAGCCCUGUCUCGCCGAUCAGGGGCGCCGUCGCAAACUUGUUUCGCAUCUGAGUGACCAAAGUGACGACAUUUCCGCUCGGGCCUCGGCAUAUAAUAUGUGGUACUAGAUGGUAUUUUCUUUUUAAUGCGACGCC